AUGCAAGGUCAACAACACCCUUCUAUCAACGACAUCACCAACGUGGCGUAUUGGUGUGAUCUAUCCCACAACUAUGAUAAAGAGAAGGCGCUUGAUACAACGAAGGCCAUCAAUGCUGUUUCCCAUAUCAAGUGCCCCGACAACAAACAGUACAAGGGAAACUCUGAUAACAGGAGUAUCAACUACUUCCUGAGUCUUAUCCGCUGUGAAGCAAAACAAACAGCGCUGGGCCCUCGAUUAUCGUACAUCUACCUAUCCAAUUGUCUUAGCCAGUCGGUCAAGAGGAACUUACAGAUCCACUUGGAAACUACUAUGGACCCCACUCUCUACUUGAACGACUAUGUUCUGACACUAUCACAAGCACUUGGCUACCUUCAACAUAAGUACUCUCUGUCGAAUUCACAUGCGGAAGUCAUGAGAUACUUCUCUGACGUCAAGAUGGACAAUGGUGACAUCAACAUUUACGAUUACCUCGACCGUAUGGAAUCUGCUGUUGCCAUGUGUGCGAGUGUUGGCCUCCAUCUACAACCCAGUCAAGUCAACCUACACUAUCGUGAAGGCCUCCAUCCCACUCUGAGGAAGACUGCAGACGAGAACUACACGGCCAUCGAUGAUGUCCAACAGCUUACGCAAGCCCUACGUAGCCAUAUCCGCUGCAAUCCUAAGCACUAG